GUUGCAGACAGACGCAACUUGCUACAAUCUGAGGUGCUGAGCAGAUCCAGGAUGAGCAGACCGGGUCAGAAUGAGAAAAGAUUCGACCCAAGAGACACGACGCUGAAAUUCGUAAACAGACCAGAUGAUCUGGAUCCGAUGCCCCCGGAGGAAGGAGAUCAGGGUCUCCGAGCUGAGAUGUCCUGUGGUCAUGCUGUUACUCCUCAAUCUCUGACUGGGUGGUGUCGCAGCCUGCUGGAUCAGGGCCAAUACAAGUUUAAGUGUCCAGCUCUAAAGGAUGGCACCGUGCAGCAGUGUGGUGCUGUGUGGUCUUAUCAGGAAGUUCGCCGCCUUGCGGUCCUAACCCCUGAAGAAAUGCAGCACUUUGAAGAAAAUAUGGGCCGCCUGGCAGCUGCAGAGUACUGUGAUUUUAAAACGUGUCCUGGAUGUAAGACCUAUGUUGAGAGGUCGGACCUGACCAACCUCUGUGUCGAGUGUUUGGUGUGUGCAGAAGAUAAUGAUGAUGAGUUCCAGUUCUGCUGGCAGUGCUCAAAGCCUUGGAAAGGUCCAGCUCCUCGUUCUGACCGUUGUGGCAAUGAUGGCUGCAUCAACCAUGACCUGGAACUGCUCAGGACCUGCAAGACCACCGCUCUCCCUCAGGUUCAGGGGGUCGAUGCCUGUCCCUCCAUCCGGGCCUGUCCCACCUGUGGUCAGAGGGUGGAGCACGACAAGACAGGCUGCAAGAACAUCAUCUGUCCUCGCUGCCAGGUGGAGUUCUGCUUUGUGUGUCUGAAGCUCACUCCUGAGUGUCUGCAGACCAGUUCCUACUUCAUCCCCUGUAGUGAUGGUGUGGCUCCCAGACAGACAUCCAUACCUGUGUGGCGCAGAAACUGAGGAUGAACUAAUUUUCUCACUAUAGUAAUUUUUUGGCAAAUUAAAUAGUAGGAUUAAUCAUGCCUCAGUUCUUCUUCAUAUUCAACAAAAUGUUAUUUUUUUCUGUGCUUAGAAAUAAAACAAGUAUCAAAUGU